AUGACACCAGCCAUGUUGGACGAAGAGAAAGCCGAUUGCCUAGCUGACAGUCUCGAAGCCCAGUGCUCCCCUAGUAGCCUACCGAUCGACCCUGAUCACCUCCGAAAGGUGGACAGCGAGGUCGACAGGAGAAAAAGCGAACCCCUAUUUGACUCAAUUACUCCGGUUACCAGCGAUGAAGUCGAGAUAUUAAUUAAAAAAUUGCGACCACGUAAAGCUCCCGGUUCGGAUAGCAUCACUAAUAGGGUGGCCAAACUGCUUCCCGUUACUAUUAUACAACUCCUCGUAGCCAUUUUUAAUGCGGCGAUGACCAAAGGCGUCUUUCCCAGCGAGUGGAAAGACGCCGUAGUCAUAGGGUUCCUCAAACCCUCAAAACCGCCUUCUAAUCCUACUUCAUAUCGCCCCAUAAGCCUUCUCAAAACGUUUGGGAAGAUUUAUGAACGACUAGUUUUAGCCCGCCUUCCUUCCUUUCCUUUUUGGAUACGAAAGGCAUGCCCAUUGCCGAGCAGUUUGGAUUUCGCGCCAAACACUCAUGCACUCAUCAAGUGCACCGCAUCACGGAACACAUACUUGCCAAACGCCAACGCGGCCUUAACACCGGAGCUCUCUUUCUACAUGAGUAGUAUAUACAAGCUAUAUGAGUACGGAGUGCCCGACCGUCUCUUAUGCAUAAUACGAGACUUCCUUAGUGACCGCACGAUCCGCUACCGCGUCGAGGGAGUGUGUUCUCAAUCGCACCCCGUUCGAGCCGGGGUGCCUCAAGGGUCGGUGCUAGGGCCGGUCCUAUUAACUCUCUACACCAAUGAUAUGCCGCGCGUACAUGGUGUAGAACUUGCACUAUUUGCCGAUGACACCUGUAUUUACACGUCUGGUCGUAAGCCCGAUGCUAUUUGUCGACGCCUUCAGACCGCAGCCAACACCCUUGGUGCCUGGUUUCGGAAAUGGAGGAUCGAAAUUAAUCCUACCAAGAGUGCGGCAGUGUACUUCUCCCGCCUCAAAGUGACUCUUCUUCCAUCCGUCACACUCAUGGACAGCCCAAUACCUUGGGAAGACAACGUUAAAUACUUGGGUGUCAUCCUUGACUCUAAACUUAACUUCUCCGCUCAUGUAACCCGGGUUAGAAACCGCGCGGCUUUCAUCCUAGGUCGUCUUUACGCGUUAUUUAAUAAAAAGAGCAAAAUGUCCCUUUGGAACAAGGUGACACUCUAUAAAUCAGUAGUACGUCCCGUCAUGACGUAUGCUAGUCGGGUAUUCGCGCACAUAGCUCCGAAACAAAUACACCGACUUCAGGUGAUUCAGAAUAGAUUCUUGCGUAGAGCCACGGGAGCCCCGUGGUACAUGCGCAACAGUGAUCUUCAUAUAGACUUGGACUUGCCCACCAUCGCCCAACACCUGAAGUUAGCGUCACGUCGAUAUUUUGACUCUGCCGUCGGCCAUCCUAAUCCACUAGUUGUAAGUGCCGCCACUUACAAUCCAAUCUCGCUCGGUAAAUUCCGUCGGGAUCAUCGUAGACCUAGAAACGUACUUGACUUUCAAGACGAUCCAAUGACUAUCGCUCAAGUUAAGGUAAAACAACACAGACAGACCACACGCCGCAGUCGCUGUCGGCUGCGGCAAUCAUUCUCGCGAUACGGCCUCAUAGCAGAUAAUAGCAACCGAUCAAGCCGAGGUUCGGCCCUCUCGGGCACCCUUGAAUCGGAAUGCUAA